CAAGCUCAUAGUUACAAUAUCCGAGAUUCUUCACAUAUUUCCCCUUUCAGUGGCUGUAUUUUAGGUGCUUUGGUGUUUCAAAUGAGUAUUUUUGAUCUUCUGUCUUCAUGGGGAUCCCUGGACUCAUCAAUGCAAUUGGACCCGGAGAGCGCAUUUCCCUGUCAAAAUUGGCGAUAACUCAUUUGGAGCGAACUAGAACACCAAUUCGAAUUGCAGUUGACAUUUCAAUAUGGCUAUUCCAGGUGCAAGCAGGCCGUGGCGGCAAAAACCCAGAGCUUCGGACACUGUUUUAUAGGUUGCUAAAAUUUUUGGCUCUACCUGUUCACCCCUUAUUUGUUUAUGAUGGGAAGCACAAGCCGCCUUUUAAGAGGGGUAAAUCCACGGGAAGUAGUUACGGGAGCGCACCCAUCAUUGGACUUUCCAAAACCUUGGUCGAUCUCUUCAGGUUUCCCCGCCAUGAUGCGCCAGGGGAGGCGGAGGCCGAGUGCGCGAGACUGCAGAGAGCCGGCGUUGUCGAUGCGGUGAUGAGCAAUGAUGUUGACACGCUUAUGUUUGGGUCGACUCUGACCAUUAUGAAUUUCUCUAAGGAGAGUGGUAGUGGCACAACCGCUGCGACGCACGUUACAUGUUAUGAAAUGGGUAACCUGAACCAAUCUUCGUGCUCAAGGCUUGACCGUGCUGGUAUGAUCCUAUUCGCUAUGCUAAGUGGAGGCGAUUAUUUACCUUCUGGGGUCCCGAAGUGUGGUAGCAAGCUUGCUGCAGAAAUUGCAAGAGCAGGGUUUGGUGAAGAUCUUUUAGAGCUUCUUGACGCUGGAGAGUCUGAGUUCGAUAUAAAGCUGAACGAGUGGAGAGAAAGGCUUCAGUACGAGCUAGAAGCGAACGAAAGUGGCUACUUCCAGACCAAACACAAAGCUGUUCGAAUCCCGAAAACAUUCCCAGACAGAACAUUACUGUCAUAUUAUGCCCAACCUAUUGUAUCAAAUUCGAAGAGUCUCGAAGUUUUGCAACGUCGUCUAGUGGGUGCCUGGGAUCAGGAUAUUGAUGCUUUGGAAUUAAGAAGAUUUGCUGCGGAUACUUUCGAAUGGAACUAUCGUUCUGGGGCAAGAAAAGUGAUCAGGUUACUUGCCGAGCCCCUUGUUUCUUAUCGACUUCGCCUCCGCAGAGAAGUGACGGCAUUUCCUUUCCGAUUAUCUGAAAGCAAUGCGCCGAUGCUCCAAAAAGUUCACAAGAGCCGGACAAGUUUCAGUACAGACGGUCUAACAGAGCUACAACUCGAUUUUGUCCCUAUUGAUGUUGUUGGUUUGGAUUUGCUUGCUGAAGAGCCUAAUCCCCCGCUUCCUGCCCCAGAAACGACAGCCACGGGCGAUGAAGAGGAGGAUGCAGAAGUCAACGUUGAGCCUGCACCGCAAUCACCAGCUAAGAAGCAUGUCACAAAACGAUUUGAUCCUUAUUCCUCGGAGAAAAUAUGGGUGUUUGAAACGUUGGCUACGAUAGGUAUCCCGGAAGUUGUGCAAGCCUGGAAGCAGGAAGAGUCUGAGAAGGCCUCUGCGCCUAAGAAGUCAAGUAAUAAUCGGAAGACAGGGCCUAAGAACAAGGGACCGAUCGAUCCAGGUAUGAAAAGAGGAAGUAUCCUGAAAUAUGGCACACUCACCAAGGAACGAUCCAAUAUCUCGCAAUUUAAACAAGCGCAACUCUUUGAGGCAGCAAUAUCAUCGACGUCAACACCAAAGAAGCAAAAUUCACCGAGCUUUCAAGGCUCCCCAGGCUUACAAAACGCUUCUAGAGGAUUAUCUAGCCACAUCGUGAAUCACCAGCGGGAAAUGUCGCCUGUCAGUCGACGUCAAGACUUUGAUGAUUUAACUGAUAUGUUGACUUUGUGUUAUAUAUCACCUAAUGGAGACAUCAAACGACAUCCGGUGGCCAAUCGGUCACCCCUCAGAGGGAGACGUGGAGCUUUUCUCUCGAGUGAUAUCGAGAUAGAGGCUUUGGAGAUGUCAGGCGCAGAACCUUUUGACUGCCCCUCAUCUCCGCUAUCUACAGGAAGAACCUGCAUAAGUUAUUCCAAUGCUAGCUACAACGACCUAAUAUUAGCAGAUAGCAUUGAGCAUGUUUCCCCUGAACAUGUAAACCGCACCAACAAGCCGAAGCUCGAUCAGAGUUCAUCCGGAUCUUGGAGUCCUCAUAGAGUCCGAAAACUGGAGCAGGCCAUGUCGUCGUUACUGUUGAAUGAUGAUAAACCACAUGGAUCUAUAAGAGACCGACCACACUCAUCGAAAAUUGUCAUACCCGCUGCUAAGCCACAAUCAAGAAGACCAGAGGCUCAAAAACCAUACUACGACUUGGCAGCUCCCAAAGUUUCGGAUCAUGCUUUCACAGACCUAGGAGAAGCUAGCCCGUCUAGUGUGCAGGAUCUUCUGAAGAAAAUGGCACCUGGAAGGCGUGCAACGCAACGUAAAAGUAGCGCAGAUACUCAGAUAGCACCAAAGGGAUGCAAGAAGGACACUCUAAGUCCUUCAAAGGUGCAAACAACGCUGGAGAAUCCAAAGGAUGAAAAGACAGACACCCACAAACCCACUUCCUAUGCGAGGUCUGUUGUCGUGUGCGAUGGAUACUGGACGCUAGAGACAACCGCAGAAUUUGAGCUGGCCUCAGAUGAGUUAAACCCCGAGGUCGAUAACAACAACAACACCGACGAUCGUUCAAGGAAUCGCAGAAAAAAGAAGCGGUUUCCACGCGUGAGCAUAUUGGAUCUUAGCUGAACCAACAUGCCUGGUGCUUUGG